UACAGGUGCAGUUAAAAGAAGAAUCGUCAUACUGUUCCACAGGUGCAUUCGGUAGGGCGUCGGUUCUUUGUUCUUCGAAAUUAUAUUUCAAUCAGAGUGGGCCACAGUUUCAACAAUUACUUAACCAUACUUAGAAUUUUGGAUUAAUCGAAACGUUUUGAUUUGAAAGUGACUGUCGAAAUUGGACACUUCACCAGUUUUGAAAACAAAUAAGGCUUCAUUUGUCGAGAGCCGAUAUGUUUGUCAGCGGCUUGGUAUCGGUGUUUCUCUUCCUUCAUGCAACAGGUAUAGACUGCGCUUUCACAGUCACAACCAGCAAUGCAGAUGUGAGGGCUAAAGAGAAUGAAGGUGCUGAUCUUUACUGCACUCACUCUGCUGACUUUGGUGCAAAUGCCAGAGUUGAGUGGAAGUUUAAGGACAUGAAGGGUUCUACAACCCAUGUCAUUUUUGAUGGGAAACCUACCACACCGUAUGCUGACCGUGUCAGUAAGUUUGAUGGGAUGCUGAGGUUCAGUAAGGUGACACGGAAAGAUAAUGGGGAGUAUUACUGCGCGGUGUCUGGUAGUCAGAAGUUUGGGGAGGUCAAAGUGAAGCUCACCGUUUUAGUGCCUCCAUCCAUGCCUAUGUGUAGGGUCCCAACCUCUGUGACAACGGCACGUAGCGUGCUGCUUUCCUGCCAUGAUGCCCAGGGAUCACCUCCCCCUACCUACAAGUGGUACAAAGACAAUAACCCUCUCCCUGAGGACCCCAGCAAGUUCGCUGCCUUCAGGAACUACACCUACAAGAUCAACACUGUUAAUGGUAACCUGGAGUUUCCUUCUGCUUCUAAGAUGGAUACAGGAGACUACAGCUGUGAGGCUGUGAAUGAUGCCGGCCCUGCGAAACGCUGUGAAGCUGUCAGAAUGGAAGUCCAUGACAUCAACACUGGAGGUAUUGUUGCCGGGGUGAUCGUGGCUCUCCUAGCCCUGGCCCUGCUAGGCUUUGGACUGUGGUACGCCCGCCGCAAAGGAUACCUGCCUAAAAAGAGUGCAAGCCAACCCAAACCCUCAGUGGUCUACCAGCCAACAUCGGAGUAUGGCGAUGAAGAUGAUGGGGAAUUCAAACAGAAGUCGUCUUUCGUGGUAUAGCCAGGGCUAGCAACAGGAUAUACUCAGGAGUCUACGGCAACAACGAUGAAUGCGGUUGCGUCCCAAUAACAUCUCCCUUUUCUCCUGAAGUGUGCUCUUGUUCACUGCUUCCCACAAAUCUCAAAACAUUGGAUUGGCAGCGGCAUGAGCUCGUGGGAGUUUCCACGUUUUCCUUAUACCAGCCAUUUCCUUUCAAAUCAGUGAAGCAAAGUGCACACUUUGGGAGGAAGGAGAGAUAAUUGGUUAAAUGAUAAUACCACUGGCCCUUUUACCUGCUCGGUGUGGAUUGAUUUUAAUAUUUUUUAAUUCCAUCUGUUUAUAAAAACUAUUUCCACAUUAAUAUUUCUCUAACCGGCAGUCACCUACUGUAUGUCUGCUUUAUUUUGUGGCGGGUGUGUGUAUAGAACUUUUCUUUUUUCCCAAAAAUAUUUCACUAACGCUGGUCAUUUAAAUUUUUCUAACCCCAAUAGAACAUGCGUUUUAUGCCUUGCGUCCCAAAUUGCACCCUAUUCCCUAUAUAGUCACGAGAAGGAAGGGGAAAUGGAAUACCUACUCUGUUGCACAACUGAAGGCAUUCAACAAAUGUCUUCUGCAUUUAACUCAACCCCACUGAAUCAGAGAGGUGUGGUGGGCUGCCUUAAUCGACACCCACGUCAUCGAUGCCCGGGGAGUAUAUGUUGGGGGUUAACUGCCUUGUUCAAGGGCAGAAGGGGAUUUGAACCAACAACCUUUCGGUUUCUUGCGCAACACUGUUAACCGCUAGGCGAGCCCAAUAUAUAGAGCUCUAUGGGUCCUGGUCAAAAGAAGUGCACUAUGUAGGGAUUAGUGUCAUUUUGAGCUACAACCUACCUUCAUAAGGGAUUCACCUUGCGAAGUCUUGAUUGUUACAUUUACAUUUAAGUCAUUUGGCAGACGCUCUUAUCCAGAGCGACUUACAAAUUGGUGAAUUCACCUUAUGACAUCCAGUGGAACAGCCACUUUACAAUAGUGCAUCUAAAUCAUUUAAGGGGGGGGGUGAGAAGGAUUACUUUAUCCUAUCCUAGGUAUUCCUUAAAGAGGUGGGGUUUCAGGUGUCUCCGGAAGGUGGUGAUUGACUCCGCUGUUCAACCUGACACAAGCUUUGGAAAUACCACAGCUCCCUCUGUCCCAUGCCACUGCUGUAUCCCAAAUGGCACCCUAUUCUGUAUAUAGUACACUACUUUUGACCAAGGCUCUAGGGCAUUUAUGUAGGGAAUAGGUUGCAGUUUGAUACGCAUACCUUGUGUGCCUUGAAUAUCCAUGCUGUUCAGUGAGUUGUAAUGUGAAAUGUUUUGUUUACGGUAGUUAGUUUUAAAUGGCAUUGUGUUUUGAUCAACUCACAUCGAGCUUGAUUUAUACAGCACAUUUCUGACAUGGAAUGCAACACCAUGUGCUUUACAGGGGGAGAAAUUAUAACAAUAAAUAAACGAUUUACUACACAACAGACAUAAGAGCAUAAAAACACUGAAGAACGAACUGAAUGACUAAAGCACACUAGGGAAAUGCAUAUCUAAAAAGAUGUGUUAAGAUCUCUUUAAAUAAUGUCCACAGUUUUGGCUCCCACAGGUUCUCUGGAAGGCUAUUCAAGAGUCUGGGGGCAUAGUAACUAAAGGCUACCAUUCCAUGCCUCUUGGUCCUAGGCUUUGGGAUAGGCCAGUGCCAGAGGAACCUACUGGGUACAUAACUUUAAAAGCCUGUCUUACAUGUAUUGGGUGCACAAUUGUGGCUUGAUUUUAAAAACCAAUAGUAGAAUCUUAAAAUUAAUUCUAAAACACACAGGCAGCCAGUGCAGGGACCAUAAAACCAGUGUAAUGUAGCUUCUCCGUCUGGUCUCGGUCAGGACCCGUGCUGCAGCAUUCUGUAUGUUUUGCAGUUGACCAAUGGCUUUCUUGGGUAGACCAGACAGGUGAGCAUUACAGUGGUCAAGCAUGCAUGGAAACGGACCCACCGUGGCAAUGUUUCUCAGGUGGUUAAACGCUUUUUUGGUCACAUUCCUAAUGUUUGUAUUAGUCAUUGUAUUGUUUGUUGCUGGUUCCAGAUCGGUGUGUGCUGCCGUGCCAACUCUUUGUCACUCACUAUUAAACACUUAAAUGUUUGGCAUGACAAUUCCAUGAGAAGUUGUCAAGAGCAGUAACAAACUAGCAACCAGACUUGUUGAGAUGUGCAUUCUCCUUCUUUGCAAGUUAUCAAGUUUAGCAUCCCAAAGAUGGGAUAUUGUGCUCACAGCAACAUCAUACAAAGAACAUGGGUGCAGUCGUACUUAAAAUAUUUAUUUCGCAAAAAUUAGUCAGGUUUUAGUCUAGAUAUUUUUAUUGAGCAUUUUACAAUUUUGACAGAUUAAUGUAUUUGUUUAAGGUAACACCUGAUUCUAAUAUUAAAUACUAUUUGAAGAACA